UUUAAGUCACAAAUUGAAGAAAUUAUAUGUUUAUUAAAUGUGUUUACAAAUAUGGUUGAAUUAAUGGAAGGAUCAAAUCGAGUGAAAUUCAUUUACGAUUAUAAAGAUCAUGAAAAUAAGGAUCAACAAGCCUGCUUGAAUAUAAACAUACCUUACGAGGAAGAAUGCUUAGACGAAUUGGUAACACAGUUAUUGAAUCAAAUGGAUCCAAUGUUACGUUAUUUGGAUGAAAAUAUCGGUAUUAAAAAAUCUUUAAAGGCAUUUAUCGAAACUGAAAAUCAAAAAUUUCGUGACGAAUAUGCUGAAAAAUUAUUAGAAAAAGUUGGUAGAAACGAAAUCGAUAUUGAAGAGAUAAUCAGGGAAACUGAAAGACAUUAUAAAGAAGAGCUUAUUCAGUUUGCUGAUCGAGUAGGACCAUCUGAUGAAGAUAUUUUCGCUCAAAGUUUCCAUAGGUUAGUUCAUUCUUCUUCUUUGGAGGAAAUUUUGAAAAAAGAACGCACAUACGCCAAAGUUAUAUCCAAUAUGACUCAAAUGAUGGAUAACGAAGUGGAAUCGCUUAGUAAUUCUCAGCAAGAGGAAAUGGAAUCUAAAAUAAAUCAAUUGGAUAUAACAACUACUUCGGAAGAUAUAAAUAAUCUAUUAGCUCAACAAUACUCCACUCAGAACUAUGUGCGCAAACGUUACGAAUCGGAGUUAGUGGCCAAAAGGGGGCACCAAAAGAACGAGUAUCGUGACUGGAUUACCAGUCAAGUAAGUCAGCUUUUUCAGACUUCACCUGUGGCUACUCCGCUAGGUAAUCGGUCAUCAAUGUUUAUAUCACAACAACCAUCCAUGGAAGAGAGUUUUACCAUACACUUAGGUUCUCAAUUAAAACAUAUGCAUAACAUUCGUAUAUUAAGUGCAAAUAUUAACGAUUUAUGCAGUCCUUUGCAUGCUGAUGAAAGUUUGAAUGGAAUGAAUAUGGCUUUAGGCUUAUAUUCGAGCUCUCUUUGUGGUGUCGUUGUAUUAACGCCAUCUAUACAGGCGCAAGUCAACAAGGAUAUUAUAAAAAACGCUAAUAUGUCCACGGAGUUUCAUUUUGACCAGAUCGAUGAUCAGUUCGAGAAAAUUGAACAGCAAAUACGGCAAAUCAGUGUUAGUACAUCUUCGACACCUAGUACGAAGAGUAUAAGUACUGCAAGUACAGAUGUAAGCAUUUUGAGUGGAACUGACGAUGUCGCGGUAAAUUUAUCAAACUUAAUUAACUCUGGCGGCAGUGUCAAUAGUUCUCCAAUAAAAUCUGGUGGAAGAUUAAAAACAGGAGAUUUUUUCAUUACUAAACAUUCGAAUCUUUCGCAAUCUCACGUUAUAUUUCAUUUGAUUUCGGAUGAACCGAUUAACAGUCCUAGUGAAAUAACUUCACGUCAUCCAGUUAUACUAGGUUUACGAAAUAUAUUAAAAACUGCCAGCCGACAUGAUGUAACAACGUUAACGAUACCAGCAUUACUGAGACAUGAAAUGUCUGAAGACAUGACUGUACAAUGGUGUACACGUCGAGCUGAAUUAGUAUUUAAAUGCGCUAAAGGUUUCAUGAUUGAAUCGGCUUCUUGGGGUGGAGCAGAAUUAAGUACUUUACAACUGCUACUGCCUCAUGACAUAUCCGAAGACUUGUUUAAUAUAUUAGCUAAUCAGGUGCCAAAUGUUUUUCGGGUAGCUAACCCUAAAAUUUUAGUAGACAAUAAGAAAUAAUAAAAUCAAUCGUUCGAUUAUCACUUACCUUGCAUAAUCGAAUAUGUAUUUAUU